CUCCCCUUAUUAAUUUGGCCGUCUUUUAUCGGCGAAAGGGCAGCCUGUGACGGGAAGAAGGGUGCAGAAGUGCAUAUGGGAGAGACGUCAGAGUCGGCCGGAGCAGCUCGGCCAUGGCAAUCUUACCACACCGUUUAUACAAACGCUAAAGCAGGAAUGGAUGGAGUUGACAAGGAGAAAGUGCAGAGGAUAGUUUACGAGAUGAGCAAAGGAUCCAAAUAUUUUGAGAACGAGGAACGCAAGGAAGCCUUCAUAAGACAAAAAGUUGAGAAUAUGCGUGCUCGGUGUGCAAAGCUCACAACAAUGGAUAUGUCUCAUUAUCAAAUGGUUGCUGAUAAAAGAAUUUUUGAGUUGGAAGCCGCACGUGAUCUCUCAAAAAUUUGGCUUCAUGUAGACAUGGAUGCUUUCUAUGCUGCUGUUGAAACAUUAGAGAACCCUUCAUUGAAGGGGAAGCCAAUGGCUGUUGGCAGCAUGUCUAUGCUCUCAACUGCUAAUUAUGAGGCACGGAAAUUUGGUGUUCGUGCUGCAAUGCCUGGUUUCAUUGCAUGCAAAUUGUGCCCAGAAUUGAUUUUUGUUCCCAUAGAUUUUGAAAAGUACACUUAUUACAGUGACUUAACUAGAAAAGGUAGAUAUUUUAUUUUUGAGCUUGAACUGUGCCCAAGGUUUCAAUUGCUAGUUGAUUUAAUUUAUAUGUUCUCUUUCUUAGUGUUCCAGAAAUAUGAUCCCAAUUUCAUGGCAACUAGUUUGGAUGAGGCAUACCUUGAUAUAACAGAGGUCUGCAAAGGAAGGGGCAUUAGCAGUGGAGAAGUUGCAGAGGAACUCAGAAGAGGAGUAUAUGAGGAGACUGGUCUUACAUGCAGUGCUGGGGUGGCACCAAAUCAAUUACUUGCUAAGGUUUGCUCAGACAUAAACAAGCCAAAUGGACAGUUUGUUCUACCAAAUGACCGGAUGGCUGUCACGACGUUUAUAUCCUCACUCCCUAUACGUAAGAUUGGGGGCAUUGGUAAGGUCACAGAGCAUAUUCUAAGGGAUGUUCUUGAAAUUCAUACGUGUGAAGAGAUGCUGCAAAAGAGUGCUUUUCUCUGUGCACUGUUUUCUCAUUCUUCAAUAGACUUCUUUCUGUCCGUUGGUCUGGGUUUAGGAAAAACAGAUUCUCCACAAACUAAAUUGCGUAAAAGUAUGAGUAGUGAGAGAACAUUUUCAGCCACUAAUGAUGAGCAAUUUCUUUAUCAGAAGUUAGCGGAUACUGCAGAAAUGCUUGCAAAUGACAUGGAGAAAGGUGGUCUUCGUGGGCGAACACUUACGCUAAAAUUGAAGACUGCAUCUUUUGAGGUUCGAACUAGGGCUGUAUCUUUGCAAAACUAUAUUUGCUCAAGUCAGGAUAUCUUAAGUCAUGCUUCCAAGUUGCUCAAGACUGAGCUUCCUCUUUCUUUGAGAUUGAUCGGGUUGCGAAUGUCUCAGUUCAACGAUGAGAAACGUGGUCUUGCUGAUCGAAUGCAAAAGACUCUUAUGAACUUUUUUACCUCAGGGGUUUCUUCUGAAAAAGCUAUGAGUAAUAAUAAUUCAAUUGGCUCUGGUGUCGAUGAUAAUCAUCUCAUGUUUGACACCAAAACAGGUCUUCCCGUUGAUAGCCAGAUCCAUCACUUAGAUGCCAAGCAUAGCAAUGAUUUGGGGGACCCUUCUAAUUCCAACCAAUCGUCUGACACUGAGCAUGGCAUCUUCAGCAAUGAUGCUUGUGAAAUGGAAAAGAUUCACGAACCUCUGAGCAACAAAUCCCUGGCCAAGGUGGUUGCCCCCAAUGUCAUAAGCUAUGUCACACAGUCCCAAGGGAGUGAGAUGGUGGAGUCGCAGACUGUUUCUUUCUUCGGACAAUCCAAGGGCAACAACAUGGAGGGAGGGAAGGAGAGGGUGAGCCUCACAGACAAGACCAUAUUGUCUUCCAAUCAACAAGAACAGCCUUUCUGGGUGGAUGGCUAUAAAUGUUCACUAUGUGGAGUUGAACUGCCCCCUAGUUUUGCUGAGGAAAGGCAAGAACAUUUUGAUUAUCAUUUCGCUGAGAGGCUUCAGAAAAUGGAAUCUGGCCAUAAUUCAAGAUAUCCCUCACUGAAGCAAAGGUCCAUCUGUAAUUCACAAAUUGCUAAAGAGAACAGACGCAAGAAGCUUAAGUCUUCUCCAAAAGAUGGGAAGCAUCUCCCCAUUGAUUUAUUCUUUGCAAAGAGUAGUCAGAACUUUUAGCACAAUACUAUUUUAUCUUA